GCACGCUGCUCAGCUCUUGCUCUAUCUCUCGCUCUGCUUUCAAUACUCUGCUUUUUUAACGUAUAUCACUUUGUUUAAUAUAUUUUGCUCUGAUGGAUUGAAGCGUUAGCCUAUGCAACUGAACUGCACCGCUCUGCAAGGGGUUUCGCUGUACGCACCGGUUGGAAAAAGCCAUUACGUGCCAGGGCACAGGCACUCGGGCUAAUAAUUUGAGCGGCUAGAAUACUCAUUGUUCCGCGUCUGGAUUUGCUGACUGAUUGAAUAGUCGCGUUUUCACCUUCAUUUUAUUAACUUUGUAAACAUUGCCACGUUCCAUCUUGCGCAACGUCCUUGCUAUCGCGUUUUUACCAUUUCCUCAGAGGCAACAUUUGAGGAUAUUUUCUUAUAUUUCCCAACGUUUAAAGAACGUUAUCGCAUAAUUGCUCAUUUUAUCUUGGAUUUUUCGGAAGCUAUUCGGAUAGAAGAACCAAAGAGUUUGUCCUCUUGGCACAGUGGAUAAAAGUGAACUGGUUCCGAGGUGGGACACAGUAAAGACGUUUUGGUUUGUCUCUGCUGCGCUUUGGACUGAAAAUCUGGAUUUUCUGAACCUUUUCCUCUUUGGAAAAUAACAGCAAAAUAACUCAGGUGUCGCAUUUUUUUCUGCCAUCAAGCACUUGAUUAGGUCGCACGGAUAUUAAUUCGUUUCCGUCUCACUCUUCGCUAGUCUUCGUUCGCGCUGAAUCCGACAGACUCAGUGCGGAGUUGGGUGCACGGCAGAGCUACCAUAUGCCUAAUAUGCUUGUAGUUUUUACAAGCAUACACUUACCCUUAAUAAGAAAGCGCUGAGAAAUUUAAAUGCGCGCUGGACUACAUGGAUUUGGUGGAAUGCGCUAUUUACAGCUUCAUUUCCCAGUCUUUGCGCGUCUAGAUAGGAACUCGUUGUCCAGCGAUUCAUCCUUUUUCUUUUUCUUUGGUUUCUCAACCCUCCGCGCGCCCUCUGUAGCCGCUCCGCUUCGGGACCUUUCUUGAUUGUUGAUUAUGCCACUGGUGAAAGUUGUGUGUACCCCAGCAAAGGGACUGCUCUACGGCUUUAACAGCUGAGUACAGUAGAUGUGUGUGGAGAGUGGAAGCUGUGUAACUCGAGGCGGGGUUAAAGUUCAACUCUAUGGAGCGGUGAAGCGCUGGUUGCAGUUCGCAGAGUUGGAAAUGUGAAAGCAAGGAGCAGGCUUGAUUUUUUUCCCUCUCUCUCCCUUCUUUCUCUGUCUCUCUCCUUUUUUUUCUUUUCACACACGGACACAAACACCACGCACACACAUACACAUACACACACGUACACAUAUACAUACACAUUUACAUAUACACAUCACUUAACAUACAUAAACAAGCAGACGCUCUGUACAGACAGACACACCUCACAGAUCCAAAAUAAAACACAGAAGGCAUGUAUUCUCCGCUAUGUCUAACACAGGAUGAAUUCCAUCCAUUCAUCGAAGCGCUGCUGCCCCACGUGCGGGCGUUCGCCUACACGUGGUUCAACCUGCAGGCCCGCAAGCGAAAGUACUUCAAGAAGCACGAGAAGCGCAUGUCCAAGGAAGAGGAGCGCGCGGUGAAGGACGAGCUGCUCAGCGAGAAGCCCGAGGUCAAGCAGAAGUGGGCCUCCCGGCUCCUGGCCAAGCUGCGCAAGGACAUCCGGCCCGAGUUCCGAGAGGAUUUUGUGCUCACCGUCACCGGCAAGAAGCCGCCCUGCUGCGUGCUCUCCAACCCCGACCAGAAGGGCAAGAUGCGCAGGAUCGACUGCCUCCGCCAGGCAGACAAAGUCUGGAGGCUGGACCUGGUCAUGGUGAUUUUAUUCAAAGGUAUUCCUCUCGAAAGUACUGACGGCGAACGCCUGGUAAAGUCCCCGCAGUGCUCGAACCCAGGGCUUUGUGUGCAGCCUCAUCACAUAGGAGUGUCAGUAAAGGAGCUCGACCUGUACUUGGCCUACUUCGUUCACACAGAAUCAGGACAGUCUGAAAGUCCAAACCAGCCCAGUGAAGCUGACAUCAAGGACCAGCCAGAAAACGGACACCUGGGCUUCCAGGACAGUUUUGUCACGUCAGGUGUCUUCAGCGUCUCGGAGCUGGUGCGAGUCUCACAGACGCCCAUCGCCGCGGGGACGGGGCCCAACUUCUCCCUGGCGGACCUGGACAGCUCCUCCUACUACAGCAUGAGCCCCGGGGCCAUGCGCCGGCCCCUCCCCAGCACCUCCUCCAGCAGCUCCGCGAAGCGCAUCAAGUGCAUGGAGGACGAGGUGGACAGUCCAGGAGAGGAGUCGUACUACCCCGGCCAGGGGCGCUCCCCGGGCAGCGGCAGCCAGGCCAGCAGCUGGCAUGAAGUGGAGCCAGCUGGAUAUAAACUGCGCGGCUCGCUAGCUAGUACGUUCAUCUCAAGACAAGCGAGUCCACACGCCACGCCGUCAAGUCUCCAUUUCCCGACGUCGCCCAUCAUCCAGCAGCCCGGCUCCUACUUCUCCCACCCCGCCAUCCGGUACCACCCCCAGGAGACCCUCAAGGAGUUUGUCCAACUUGUCUGCCCUGACAGUGGUCAGCAGGCUGGACAGGUGGGGUUCCUUAAUCCGCGCGGGGCUCUGCAAGGGGAGAUCGAAGGUCCAACCCGUCCUCCCCGCCCAUGUGCCCCUCCGCCGCCCCCGCCCAUGGCGCGACCCGUGCCCCUGCCCGUGCCAGACUCCAAACCGCCCUCCACCUCCACGGAGGGAGGGGGCAACUCCCCCACCUCGCCAACCUACUCCACGCCCAGCACAUCCCCGGCGCAGCGGUUCGUCAGUGUGGGCCCCCGAGACCCCAGCUUUGUAAAUAUCCCUCAGCAGCCUCAGUGGUACCUGGGCUAAGGACUCCAGACUUUCAGCGCCCGCUCGACAGACCACUCAACCCCCGCUGUGCCCCCUGAGUGAAACCUGCAAACCUGUACACCUGUCUGACAGAGAGGAGCCGCCCGCAGCCCCGCCCCCGCGCCCCCAACCCCCCAAAAAAAAACACACCUGCACCGAGAGAAGCAUGGCUACAGCAGAACCCCUGCCCCUCCCCGAAACAAGAGGAAACUACACACACCGAUGCAGGCAUAUUCUAUAUACCUAUAUAACCCGUACAUAUUUCUGUGUGUGUAUGGUUUAUAUAUUUAUAUUUAUAUAUGGGAGCUGUCAGUCUCUGUUGAAAGUCCUUGUUGGAGCACCGUGAGUGUUUUUAUUGUUUUUGUUUUUCUUUGGUUUCUGGAGAAGAGCCCGUUGGGUUCCUGCGGUCGCCCAUGCUGACUGAGGGGCUGAAACGCGCAGUGACUCGAUCAGAGAGCUUCCCUCGGCCUUGCCUGGCAGGGGGUCGUAAACAGGUCAGCCGCAGACCCGCAGGAAGCUGUGCGUCCGUGCGUACACCUGACCGUCUGUGUAUAUAUCGCUCUGGGGCUCGGGCCCCGAAACAGCGGAAGGUUCGAGGUCUUUGUUUGGUGUUGUUGUUUUUCUUUCAUUGGUUCUGCUAUAUUAAUCGUUUUUUUCUGUUGACCUGGCUGGGUGGCUCGUGAAUGAGGAGGCUUUACCUGGGUCAGAUACCACCAGGUAAAGCCUCUCUCGCUGGCCCCCGCCGCCUCGUCCUCCACGCUCUCGCUGACGCUGACGCUGGCGGUGGAGACCGUAGCCCUGCAGUCAGAAAGCCAUCUCGUCCCAGCUUUCCCAGGACAUCAUCGCAGAGUAAAAUGGAGAACAAGUGGCAAAAAAAUCUCAGUCUUCUGUAACGUUUACGGGGCAGGGGGUGAGGCGGUGGGGCGGGGGGGGUCGUAACAUUUUGAUAUGGUCAGUCGUGACAAAAAUAAGACUACGGAAGUUUGAAAGUUAAAAUUUUAAAUGGGGAGGGGCGGGGGGGUUUUGAAAAAACUCCUCCCGUCUUGGAGGCAUGUUCAUGUUUCAUUUUGUAACAAAAUAAUUUCCGUUAUUACCAGCAACCCCUCCAAAAGGUCUGUGCUAUAUAAGGGUGGAUACAUAGUCUGUUCCUCCAUAAAAAACUAAGACAGACGUAAACAACUGAAGGCAAACAGUGGAAUAUCAACAUGAGGAAAGUGCAAUUUCGUUGGAUAGCUGUUGGAUAGUUAAUAUCUUUGUAAGAUAGAUAUUGUUGAAACGAUUGUGAAAAGUAUAUAUAUAUUUUUCUUCCUAGUCCAUUCACACCUCCGGGACUCUAAAAUAUCGGGGUACAAAAAAAAAUAAAAAAUAAAAAAACUAAAGCUAGAAUCAUAGCCUUGUGUGAAAUAAGGGGAGCUGUGUUUGCUUUUUACGUUGUUUUUUUUACUUGUUUGUUUGUUCAUCUUGUAAAUUGAUUACUAUUUUGUGACAAAUCUCCCUUUAAGAAAUAUCACCAGUUAAACAAUCAAUUUUGAAAACAUUUCUCGCCGCUUUUAAACUAUUUACCGUGUUAUUUUUGGAAAAGCUACGCAAUCGAAUUCUUUUUAACAAAGCACAUCAUUUGAGAAGAGUUAUACGCAUACUCAUCCCUCGUGAGGCAGAACCAGGUGUGUAUGAUGUGAACAGAUCUGAAUUGUAUAAAGGGUCGUUUUUUUUCGUUUAUUUUUUCCCAAAAGAAAUGUCAGCAGGACAUGACAGACAGGUGUCCAAGCUUGGGUCGGAGCGUGGUUAGAGAGGCCUGCUUUUAGCCUUCUUCUUUCUUGAAGCACUUACGUCUGCAGUAGGUUUGCAGGCUGCAAGUCUCUAGUGUACAAGGGGUGAGAUUUGAAAGUAAAAAGAAAAAAGGACCUCCUCUAAAAAAAAAAAAGAAUACACGUGAAUAUCACAUUGGACAAGACCUGCAACCAGACUGCGAAGCUUCUGAGCUGCUUCGCAUGUAACUUACUAUUUUAUGAUUUUGGUUUUGUUCUUUGUUUCCUAUAAUAUACGUAUAUUUACACUAUUAUGACCGACUCAUCCUCCGUCGAUCAAAACUGAACAAAAACAAAAAAAAAAAAUGUCAAAAAAAAUCUGCAUGUUCUAGUGUUAGUGACAAAUUUUUACAUAGAUUAUGUAGACUUCAAGUAGUGUGAAUAAAGACAAUAUUGUAAUCCCAAGAUCAGGCACUUGCCGAUAGACUAUAUUUGUUUGGCCCCUGAAAAAAGGGUUUUUUUACUGCUGUCCUUCACAAUGAACCAGCUCAACGUCUUUCAGACUCUUCUACGCUUCUCAUUCUUUCCUUAUUGUUUUCUUUCCUCUCUCUCUCUCUCUCUUGUGUUCCCUUUGAAAAUUUCAAAUUUUUAAACAGUUCUGUUUCUUUUUUGUGUUCACAAAUUGCACGAAACAAUUGUUCCUCAUCAAUGUGCCUUGAGAGAUGGUCUAAGUCCUGAGUUGUUGCACAAGUUACAAUGUGGAGAAUUUAGUUUUUCUUUGUAUUCCACCCCGAAUCCCAUUGUGUAGGAAACUGGAGUGAAUACAAUCGUACAAUUCUACGACUAAUACUAAUAAUGGUAACAGCAAUUAUGAUAAUGACGAUAACCUAUUAAUACGUUCAGCCAUUUGAAUGCGUCUCAGGCCUGUAUGUCGAUGACAGCGCAUUGCUAGUUUUGAUGCAGCGUCAGUACUGUGUCCGUACGAGACCAUGAAACACAGUCUCUCAGUCUUGUGCUGGUGUUUAACCAGGCCAGUGUCAAUCAUCAAGAUAUGCCCCCCCCCCCGUUUGUUGUAUAGUGGAUAGGAGUAGGCUCUUAGGUUCUUAGUGUCCUGUAGAUAGUUGACACCUUCAUCCCCAAAUCCUUUUAAUGUUGACGGUAGUAUAUUGAUAUUUAUGGAUGUUGCUGCAAUUUCUAAAUGAAACUACUUUUUUUGUUUGUUUCGUUUUUUUUUUUACUCCCAGAAAAGAUUAAUGAGAAAAAAAAUAUGCAAUAUCUGCUUGCACUCAUGUAGACAUACACUAGUCACUUAUUUUUUUUAUUAUUAUUUUUUUUAACCAAAGUUAGUGCAGCACUUGACUGGCCGGUUAGUUGGGCGUCGGUCUGUGCCUGCAGGAAAACUUGACAUGGGCACGCAAAGCCGUUCAGCCUCAUUUGGGUAUGUUACUUUCCUCUUCAUUCGGCAUUCGGAAAGCGGUAGAUGUGUUAGGGAUUUCUCUCAGUUGGUCACAAGCAAGCCUUAAACGAGUCACCUUCUUCUCCGUCACAGACCCACAGUCAUUUUUUGACAUAGUGAAAUAUAUCACAUUUAGGAGAAACCGAUAAGAAAAGGCCCAUUUUUAUAUGUACAUUUUGACAGACUUCCAAGUUAUAUGAAUUGUUUACCUAUGAUCUACUAUUACAUUUAUUAUGAAAAACAGCUAGAGUAUGGGGAUUGUUUUCCUAGGUGUCUGACGUGAUGGUUUAGUAGUUACACUCGUGUGGGUUGUGUGUUUUUUUAGUGUGUUUCUGUUUUGUCAUUGUUCUUGCCUACCCUUUAGCAUUGAGUUGGGCAUUACUUUCUUAAUUAUCUGCACUAAGUACAAAAUAAAUGACAUCAAUAGAGAAUUUAAAAAUACAGGUUCCAGGGCUUAAGAGCGAAGGGAAACAUGAAUUGCACGGACAUUUUUGUCACAAAACCUUGUUUAGAGCAGCCUAGCAUCUAAUCAGCAAGAUUAGGCUGUGCGCGUGUAAGAUAUGACAAAGUUGCACCCUUUUUAAAGAAAGAAAAAAAGAAAAAUAAGAAUAUUAAAGCAAUAGUUUGGGCAGUCUGUUUUUUUGUUUUGUUUGUUUUUUUGAUGUGUGUGUGUAAAUUAGCUGUGGGUACAAAAGUGGAAAAGAUACGUAAAGAGAAAAGGAAAUACCUAAAGGAUACAGGCGUAGAACCCGGGCGCAAGCGAGGCUGGAGAGCCUAGCAGCGUGGAAAAAGUCUUGUUUGUAUGUUGUAUAGUUUUAUUAAUUACACUGAUUUUAAAGCUGCCCUAUUUUAUAAUGCAGGACUUUUGUAACAUUGAUUAAAUGAGGAAAAAAUAGUGUUGUGAAUUUUAUGAUUGUUUGUAUUAAGGCCACAUUAAUAGAAUUGAUUUUGUUUGUUCUCCGGGGAACUGGAUUUAAGUUGAAAACUUUCCUGUUUCCCCUUUUUUCGUUUUUUUUUUCUUUUUUCUUUUUUGUAUGUAUUUAAAGACUUUUCUUUCUCUUUUGAUGGUAUAGCCUAUUCCUAUACUUAAAAAGUACAGGAUGUUGAGGACAAAAUACCCAUUGUAAAUGGAUGUUACAAGUAUGCUGUAUGUUUUGAAGGUUAUUUGUUGCAUCAGUAUUGAUGAAGCUACAUAUAGGUAAUUCUGAGAAAAUUGGCUAAAGGAGAGCGUUUUUUAUGCAUUUUAAAAUUAGUUUAGGCAGAAGACAAUGACAUAGACAGCCAAAGGAUGCCCCUAUUAUAAAUGCAUCUAGGCAUCUUUUUUGUGUUCACCAUUCCAUACAGGGAAAAAAAAUAAACAGCUUGAUUAUCAACAUGAUUCUUUUUCUUUUCAACGCAUUACUCCCUGUUCCCUCACCAUCUCUCCCCACUACCAGUGUGACAGCAACCAGAGUUUGAGUAAAUGAAACAGCAGCGUCCGGCUGUAAGACCCUGCUUUAGACUUCAUACAGCGUUCGUUGACCCAUCCAGUCAAGCCACCUCAGUAGACGAGCCCUCACAAGGCUCAGGUGGGACUUCCUGCCAGUUUUCUGUGCAGCGUUUAACCCGAGGAGAAUUUAAAAUCCCCCGCUUGCCGGGUUCAUAUGGAGGGCGAGACUGUCCGCCACAGCCAGGUCAGGUGUGGCCUGGAUGUGUGGAGAGGAACAUAAAGCUAAAUCAGCAGCACAGCUGUACGUAUGGAGAUGGGCUUAACCAUAGCAGGUACCUGCGAAGCCAGAGGUUUUGUUCUGGCCACCUCAAAAUUCUGAAGUAGUGAAGUAAUUGCACUUCUGGUAAUGGUGUACGGUUUGCCUGAAAAGUUCCUUCAUAAAGAACCAUGAUGGUCAGCCAUGCAUGUUAUAUGCAAAGUGUAUUUACGUGAAAUCCGAACGCUCAGGUUUUGGCGUCUCCAUUAUUCAGACUUACAGUGAUUUUAGGAAUUUAGGCAGACACAGAAUGGGUGUUUGGAGUAUGGCUGUUAAUUCAAGAUUUUGGUCCUCUUUCACUCCUUAUGCAAUGUCUGGCAUUGGCACUGCCUACAAAACUGUGUUCCCCAAGUUUAGAAUGAGCCAGGACCUUCCACAGUCUCCCAGCAUGCCUGGGCCUUGCCCCGUAUAAAAUCCAUUCAAGUGUUUGAACAGAAAGUCAACCGAACGGCAGUAUUUACGAGAAUCAAUGAACAAAACAUAAGAGCUCUUAUAACAAAAGGUUAUUGUUUUCAGGCUGGUCUUGGUCUGAGCAAUGGUGGUACGCAUUUCAUGUUUCAAAAUGUUCUUUUAAACCAUUUCAUUAUUUAUUCUGAACAUUCUCACCAAUCACCUCCGCUUGCUUUUCUCCACUAAGGAGGAACAGUAACGCUGGCCACGCUAUGGGGGAGGAGAAUGAUGGGUCUUUAGUGAUCGCUAGCAAUGCUCCCCCUCUUGCCCCUCUCCCCGCCUGGAGUCAUGUGAUCCGGACAACCGCUCUGUUCUGUCCUGGUGGCCAAACAAACCUGAACUGCACCCUUAUGUGCGGGAGCCAUGACAGCGUGACCAGAGAGAACAGGGCUGGGUGCGGCUGGGUGCGGCUGGGCUUCCUGCCCUAGCCGAGGGAGCGUAGCAUUGCUAGGCUGGAACGCCUGGGGACCCGCAUUGAGAUUUUAUGAGCCGCGUUAGCGUUAGGGUGUCACUGAACAUUUUACGCAUAUUAAAAACAUUACAGUCAGUGUCAUCUUCCUUAUUUAAAAAAAAAAUGCUCUUUGUAUACAUUUGGCAGAUAACAGAAUACAGCAAUGUGGUGGAGUCCAUCACUUGAUGUUACACUAUUAACUUGAUGGUGGGAAAGAACUUCCGAGAGAUGCCUCAGCCAAGCCAUAUCACCUGAAUGAUCUCAGUUUGGAUUGAGAGACGAGGGUUUUCAUGAAGGGGAAUGCAUUGUGAUUGUGAAAGUUUUUUUGUUUUAUGUUUUGUUUGUCUUAUUUGUUUCAUUGCCUAAAUGAAAGCACUUCCAGGUUCGGCGUCACCUUGAACAAUGCUGUCAGGUUGCUAUACUGUAAUUGGGUGUGAAAUUUAAGUGGAGAGGACUCGCUCUGUCCUCGUUCUCCAUCCCCCACCCUGUUUCCCUGGAUGUUAACAGGGUUCAGUGGCUAAUUAUUUUGACUUUCAUGACUUGAAAAUAUUUUGUUUUGUAUUUUGACUGCGUCUGAAGAGUUCUGCCAUUGCAACAGGAAACAGGGUUGAAUGAAGGCCUGUCAUCGUGGCUGUGCAUGGCAGGCCUUUGUUGUGUUUUGUCUGUCCAAAUUCUUGUGGGCACUGUUGGCCUAGAGAUAUUCCCCCUCCCCUUUUACCCUUAAAAAUUAAGUACUGAGAAUGAAUACUGAGACCUGAGGAUAGGGAACGUGAAACAAAUGGAUUGCAAUGGCGAUGGCAGGAUUGUUCAGACCGUAAGCAGGGUAUUGUUGAUAUGAAAAUAUAUGAGAAGCAUAACCAUUCCAAUGGCAAAAAGAGACAUUUACCAUUGGUCUGAUGUGUUUUAAGUGGUGUAUGGUAUGAAAAUAAUGUCAUAUUUGUAUGAAGAGCUUCAAUGACACCUGAACUGAGACAGAUCUUAGAUCUAGCAGAAUUCAUUUUUUGGCUCCCAUUAAAGUGCAGCCUCCACAUUGAAAGUAACAUUAUGCAUUUUCAGAUUUGUUUUGUUUCGGAUGCGUUUGUGGAGUGGACAGUAUUCAGAAGAGACGUUUGGCAUUUUAAUGACUUCGUUAUGCCAUUGCUGGACCAAAGUGAAAAUCAAGAAAAUCUAUUCUUCACAUUGUUACUAGUGUCCAGUCGUGAACACACAGCAACAGAAACAUACAAGUGACUUUAGAACAAUAAAAGUGAUUUUUCUUUUCUUUUUUUUGUGAAAGGAGGUAACAUUGAAGCUGUUCCUUUGGACUCAACUGAAAUGCAGUGUCACCAAUCUUUGGAGAGGAAGUUUUACCCUUCUAUUGCAGAACCAUUACACGGUGCUAAUUCAGGCUGGUUAUAAGGAAGACAAACUGAACAUGUGACAAUUUAGACUCAUUCAUUUGCUUUCCGACAGCGUAUACAGCAUAGCAGUUUAAUCUGCAUGAGAACUAUGCACUAAUCAAAUAUAUGAAAAUAUAUAUAUAACAUAUCGAUGUAUAUGUAAUAUAUAUAUAUAUAUAUAUAUAUGUUCUAAAAUGGCAAAACUUUGGUAUCUACUUUGUUAUCUUCAGCCUUUGCCUUCUUUUAUGGUCAGUGUUUUUCGAUAUUCCAGCUAAAGGACAGAACAAAUUAUAUGGAAUUCAAAAAAUAUGAAAAUAAAGAACAAACCAGCAUAUUACCUGAUAUAUUAAAAAGAACAGAUGUAGUGCCUGUGAUUAUACUGUAUUAUACUGCUCUUCUGAAUAAUGAAUAUUGUUUGUUAUUGUUUAAAUUUCUCAACACCGGUAGCCUUUGCUGUCUGUCAGACCCUUCUGAUUAUAGCUGAUGUACAAUAACCAUAAGAUAUAACUGCAUGCUCUUCCAUAAUCGCCUAGUAAGCUGUUAUGAAUAUUACUAAAAAAAUCUACAAAAAACAAGAACGUUAUGUUAGUCUUUUAUUCCACCCGACACCCAAAGCUCUCUCCUUUUCUCCCUCCCCUUUCCCUCUUCUCUGAGGUCUGUUUUUAUUUGUUUCUUUGUUUUCAGAUUGUAUCCUUCUCAGUUUUCCAUUUUGACUCCAUAUUCAUCAUGAAUUUCUGGGGGUUUGGGAUUUUUUAAUUAAUAUUUGCCCCUUUUUUUAUGGGAAGCCAUCGCCUUCGAGUUGUCACGUACUUUUCUUCCUGCUUUCACUUUGGUGAGACAUCCCCUUAAAUCUCCAUUCACACCCGGAGGGAUGGAUGUGGUGCUGUGGAGACUGUCGGGACCUGACCAGGAGUUUACACUGACUGCGGUGCCCCACACUUGUCGGACUUUGACAAUCUUUACCGUCUGAUCAAUUCGAUUCACGUCUGUGCCCUUGUCUCUCUCGUGUAGUCACCAUAUGCUGUCAGGACAGAGCAGAGCUUAUGUUGGUCUGAAGUAAAAGAAAAUGUAUUAUUACCCUUUUCAAGAUAGUGCAGCAAAUGUACAAUAUAGGCUGGUUUUAUCUAAACAGAAAACAAUAUGCUGAAGAAUCGAUACCUUCAUCAUAUACAGUCCAGUCAGCACUAUUGGAGACAAAAUCCCCGCUUGAGUGGUGUGGGGUCUGGGAAGGGUUUGGGAAAGAACCUCGGUCAGUUCCCUCGAUAGCACUUCAAAAGAGGAGCUUCAGUGUGAAUGUUGAUCGGAACGGUCAAAUAAACAGAAGCCACACCUCGGAGACACUGGCUAAAUGCCGCAGCUCCAGACCUGUAAUGCUACGCACCCUGAUGCAAAGCCUUAGAAAUCAACCCCCCCCCCCCCCCUAAACCGGCCACUUAAGUCCCCCAGUCAAUAUUGGAAAAAUCUGCUUUUGUUGAACUUGCAGAAAAAGAAAAAAAGGUGGACUUCAAAGCUGUCUCUUGUCUGUUCCUCUAAGUUACGUUGGUAAUGUUGUAUUGCACUGUCGAUGAUUAAGCUACAGGUAAUUAAUACUGUGUUUUAGGAAUGGAUUUGAUCCUAUCUCGGUGAAUAGGUCCCUGACGUCUCAAUGAGUGGAUUUUUAGACGGAAACCUCUGCUUUCUGCUGAGAAAACAAAAAACGGAAAUAAUAAAUGUCAUGUUCCACAGAUCCUUUUGUGUUCAGUUUCUUUCUAGUCGAACGUCCCUGUUUUAAAUUUAAAUCCCUACUAAAACACAACUGUAGGAGGCGCUCACAAAAGUCUUUGGAGACUUCUGGAGGUCAUAUCAGUUGUUGGGUAUUGGGGGAGGGUGGGGUGGGGGGGGGGGUAGAGGUGAAGGGAAACGGAUAAGCAUUGUAGAGUUUAUUAAAAAAAAAUAAAACCUUUUUUCCCUGGGCAAGGAAACUCCUCAAAAUCCAGUGGUACAGCAUUGCUGCCAAGACUUGUAAUCAUGAUGAAGACAAUCGUAAGCGGUCAGCCCGAGUCCUGGCUUUAUGUACUGUAGAGUGCCUGGAGCGGACCCCUCGCUGUACUGGGCCCCCCGUCCGCCGUCCCGCUGUCCUGCUGUCCUCCAGACCACAUCUCUCCCUUUUCUCUGACCUCCAUCGCCGCCUGCAUCCUUUCAUCCUGUGUUGCACUCUUUUUGCUUAGCUCACCUCAUCCACACGCCAUUGGAUAUCUGUAGAAGUAUGGUUAACAAAAAGUUAAAAAAAAAUAAAAAUAAAAAAAUGAAAUCAAAUGAAACCUUGUGCCUCUAUUACACCUGUACUGAACUGACUGGUAGCCAUAAUACCCAUUGUUUAUUUGUGAUGUUACUAGCUCCAUUGUCAGUUAAAAUUCAUUGUGUACAGCCUUUUCACAUGUGACUAAAUUUACCACGCAUUUAUCCUUAUAAUGAAUCUGUGAUUAUUUUUCUUUUCCUACUAUUGUUUCUCAAACUGGUGUAGAGUCAUUUUCUCUGGGCCCAUUAGUGCAACCACGUUCUCACACACUCACUUACUGGAAGCAAGAUGUGCAUUUCCUAUGCAACAGAAAAAAAGAAUAAAAACGCUAAUGCUGAA